GCCCUGCCCGCUUCGGCUCUGCCCGGUGAUUCACUCCCUUCUUCGCCCUGGGGCUCCUUCCCGGUCCGACGGCAGGCAUUACGGCUGGGUGUGCAGCGUCCUCAAACCCGCGGGCAAGCGAGCAGAUCCCCUGCAUCCCCAGGGACUCCAGUUCACGCUAUGGCGGACUCUGAGCGCCUCUCGGCACCCGGCUGUUGGAUUGCCUGCACCAACUUUUUGCGCAGCCGAAAGGGAAUUCUCCUGUUUGCUGAGAUUAUAUUGUGCCUGGUGAUUAUGAUCUGCUUUAGCACCGGGCCAAGCAGCGAAGCUUACUACUCCUCCCUGCCUGUGUUCGAGAUGAUCAUGGCUGCUGUCUUCUUUGUUAUCUACAUGUGUGACUUGCACACCAAGAUACCGUUCAUCAAUUGGCCCUGGAGUGAUUUCUUCCGAGCACUCAUCGCUGCGAUCCUCUUCCUAAUCAUCUCCAUUGUUGUCCUUGCUAGUCCUGGAAAGGCCUCCAAAGUCAUCGCUGGGGUACUGGGCCUAGUCAGUACGUGCCUCUUUGGCUACGAUGCCUACAUUACCUUCCCCUUUCGGCAGCAAAGACAUACAGCAGCCCCCACUGACCCUGCAGAUGGCCCGGUGUAGGCGAACUCUCCUAAUUUCUCUCUGCAACCUGCAAAUAAUGCCUCCAUCUAAUAACUCCUCCACACCCCCACAACAACACUCCCAGCCAACCCACAGCCCCCUAUUGAGGUAAAAGGGCCUUUAUUGGCAGAAUUUGUCUUCCAGCCUGUCAAUCAACUCUGUGCUUCCAGAGAGGUUGCUGGGGGAACCGAAAGUCCCGCCUCAAGUGUAUGGCCACAUUUAUGGGUGUGCCUACAUCCCCCUUUCCUUCUCUAGUGUCUAAAGGGAGACACCAGUUCUGCCUGGAACAUGCCCCACCUAAGCCACAAAAUGAGUAGGGGAGGGUACCUCAGAUUUCAGACUCCAAGCCCCAGAUUGUGACCCCCUCCAAAUAACCUCCUUGGUGGGGGGAUUUCUAUGGAGGGAUAAAUAAACGGAUGGCUAGAAAAUAUGAAAAUAAAUUAAUCCUUUGAUCAAUGUGGAUAAAUUUCAAGCAUCAGGAGGGGGAAAAUUU